UUGGUGCCUGAGAGAGUAAAAGAGAGAGAGAGAGGGAGGGAGAGAGAGAGAGAGACACAGCGUGAGGCUGUGGUUUAAGCAGACACUAGCCGUGCGUUUAGGGAAACCCAUAGACUCGGCUCCCUGGGAUAAAGCGGUGUUGUUUCUAACCCCUUUCUUUCAUUCUUUGUAUCCUCCAGAGGGGCCCUAGUCUUUUCCCCUUGCCAUUCUUUUAUUUUAUUCCCUCUAUCCUAUUCUUCCUCCCUCUUUUGCCUGAGGAAAGAGCUGGACUACUGUUGUCUCUCUGAAACACAUCAAGCCGGUAGUGGAGGCUAAUGCUGUGAUACUGCAGGAGUAACAAUCAGGCUCUCGUUUGAUGCAGUGAAGUGCUCCUUGAGGAAAAACGCAAGCAAAGGUUUGCCGGCCAUGGGGAACCUCAUUAAGGUCCUUGGCAAGGAUUUAGAGAACUGUCCUCAUUUUUUCCUGGAUUUUGAAAAUGCCCAGCCCACAGAGGCGGAGACAGCCGUAUGGAACCAGGUUAGUGCCGUGCUGGAAGAGGCCCAUGGGAUACUGGCAGAGUUACAGUCUUACAAUGGAGCAGGACAGGAAAUAAGAGAGGCGAUUCAGAACCCCAAUGACCUCCAGCUGCAGGAGAAAGCGUGGAAUGCUGUCUGCCCUCUGGUGGCCAAACUCAAGAGGUUCUAUGAAUUCUCACUCAGGCUAGAGAAUGCCCUGCGCAGUCUUUUGGAGGCCCUAACUAGCCCACCCUACGCUCCCAUGCAGCAUCUGGAGAGAGAGCAAGCACUCGCCAAACAGUUUGCAGAAAUCCUGCACUUCACUCUCAGCUUUGAUGAGCUUAAGAUGACAAAUCCAGCCAUACAGAAUGACUUUAGUUACUAUAGACGGACCAUUAGCAGGAAUCGGCUGAACAAUCAGCAGUUAGAAGCAGAGAAUGAAGUGAAUAAUGAAAUGGCCAAUCGGAUGUCCCUAUUCUAUGCUGAAGCCACGCCCAUGCUCAAAACCCUGAGCAAUGCCACGACUAAGUUUGUGUCAGAGAACAAGACUUUGCCAAUCGAGGACACCACAGAUUGCCUGAGCACCAUGGCCUGCGUGUGCCGCGUCAUGUUGGAGACUCCGGAAUACCGGUGCCGUUUCACCAACACAGACACCAUGCUGUUCUGCAUGCGUGUGAUGGUGGGUGUUAUUAUCCUAUAUGACCACGUUCAUCCAGUGGGUGCCUUUGCCAAGACCUCCAAGAUUGAUAUGAAGGGCUGCAUCAAGGUGUUGAAAGAGCAGCCUUCAAACAGUGUUGAGGGACUGUUGAAUGCACUGAGGUAUACAACAAGACAUUUAAAUGAUGACAGCACAUCUAAACAAAUCAGGGCCCUGCUUCAAUGAGAGCAGGAGGAGGAGAGAAAGAGGAAUGUGACAACAGACACAGACUGUCAGAGAACAGACGAUGGGGGCUGACAAAUGUGCGUGAAGCAACCUCUGAAACCUGUUUGUUUACAAGAGUGAAAUGCAACUUAAUCUCAAAUUAAAUAAGAUAUACUAGAAAAGAGAAAGGAAUAUGAAUAUAUACACUGGCGGCAAAAAGUUUGGAAUAAUUUAGAGAUUUUGCUCUUAUGGAAAGUAAUUGGUACUUUUAUUCACCAAAGUGGCAUUCCACUGAUCACAAUGUAUAGUCAGGACAUUAAUAACGUGAACAAUUAUUAUUACAAUUUGAAUUUUUUUUCAGAACUUCUUAAAUUACAAAAUAUCCUCCUGCACGUGCAGCAAUGACAGCUUUGCAGAUCCUUGCCAUUCUAGCUGUCAGAUUUGUCCAGAUACUCAGGUGACAUUUCACCCCACGCUUCCUGUAGCACUUGCCAUAGAUGUGGCUGUCUUGUCGGGCACUUCUCACGCACCUUACAGUCUAGCUGAUCCCACAAAAGCUCAAUGGGGUUAAGAUCCAUAACACUCUUUUCCAGUUAUCUGUUGUCCAAUGUCUGUGUUUCUUUGCCCACUCUAAUCUUUUCUUUUUGAAUUUCUGUUUCAAAAGUGGCUUUUUCUUUGCAAUUCUUCCCAUAAGGCCUGUACCCCUGAGUCUUCUCUUUACUGUUGUACAUGAAACUGGUGUUGAGCAGGUAGAAUUCAAUGAAGCUGUCAGCUGAGGACAUGUGAGGCGUCUAUUUCUCAAACUAGAGACUCUGAUGUAUUUAUCCUCUUGUUUAGUUGUAAAUCUGGCCUUCCACAUCUCUUUCUAUCCUUGUUAGAGCCAGUUGUCCUUUGUCUUUGAAGACUGUUGUGUACACCUUUGUAUGAAAUCUUCAGUUUUUUGGCAAUUUCAAUCAUUGUAUAGCCUUCAUUCCUUCAAACAAUGAUUGACUGAUGAGUUUCUAGAGAAAGCUGUUUCUUUUUUUUGCCAUUUUUGACCUAAUAUUGACCUUAAGACAUGCCAGUCUAUUGCAUACUGUGGCAACUCAUAAACAAACACAAAGACAAUGUUAAGCUUCAUUUAAUGGCGAGUGGUUUUCUAGUACCAAAUUAGCAAUUUAGCAUGAUUACUCAAGGAUAAGAUGUUGGAGUGAUGGCUGCUGGAAAUGGGGCCUGUCUAGAUUUGAUCAAAAUUAUAUUUUUCAAAUAGUGAUGGUGCUGUUUUUUACAUCAGUAAUGUCCUGACUAUACUUUGUGAUCAGUUCAGUGUCACUUUGGUGAAUUAAAGUACAAAUUUCCUUCCGAAACAGCAAAAUCUAUAUAUUAUUCCAAGAUUUUGGCUGCCAGAAUGUAUAUAUAUAUAUAUAUAGAUUGUUGAUGGUUCAUCAUUGUGUUGUUUAAAAAAACCCAGGAAGAAUAGAGAUGUAUAUGUAUAUUAAAAUAAAAAAAUGAAUAGAAUUGCAGCCUACCCAAUAAGGAUAGAAAAACAACAAAAAACGUAUUCAACUUUUAAAGAUUUGAUUUAAAGUGACAGUUAAAACCACCAACAAAAAUGGUUCAUAUUCCAAUGUAUGUCUAUAGAAUAUUUUUGCACACUUGAAAAUGAUAGGAAUCCCACUUCACAUGGCUUAAAACUGUGUACAGUUUGAAUCCAAUUUCAUGCAUUUAGACUUGAUUUGAUUUGAAUAAAUAUGCCUCAUUAUCCUCGA